GAGAUUUGAGGAUGCCUGCUUUAGGGCAUAGCUAAUGGGGAUCCAAAUAAAUAAAUAAAUAAAAAAUAAACAAUCAUUAAGACGUUUGUAACUUCAAACCGUUGUAUCCGGUGAGCCUUCCAUAAUAUUGUAUUGGACUCUCAUUCUCACGGCACCCAUUCACUGCAGAGGAUCCAUUGGUGAGCAAAUUAUGUAAUGCUACAUUUCUCCAAAUCUGUUCUGAUGAAGAAACAAACUCACCAAUGGCCUGAGGAUGAGUGCGUUUUCAGCAAAUAUUCAUUUUUAGCAGAGGAGGACACUGAGGGAUCAAAACCGCUGUGACAUCACUAUAAGGAAGUGCUUUGAAGGGGAUAAGGGCAUAGGGACAUCCAGAGAGGACAAUUUUCAUGCAGUUUACAGUCCGAGACCUUCGCCUCACACUGAUCAAAGCAAAUGGCUAAGACACUGGACCCUCACAAUGCUGCAAGAUGACAUUUUCCCUGAGCCAGCAUCACACAUACAGAUGUCAGAGAAGCAUUUUUGGAAACAUCCUUAACAGAUCAUCUUUAGUUCAAAGUCUCAGGGUGUAGUGCGACUUGGACAUCGUUUUCCUGAGACUAACACGGGAUCAAAUACUGCACUUAAUGCUUAGGUCAUAGCGCCACCUGCUGGUAACAGCAAACAUCCUCGUCGAAACGCGGUGUAGUGUCUCCAUGUGAGGCAGAGUCUUAAGAAAUCUACGCAUCCUGAAUCCUGAAACGUAUCCUGCUUUUGAUCACGUAACCUCAUUAAAAUUCAUACCCCAGACAUUUACCAAAGCAAGAUUGGCAAAUUCACUGACCAUCCUCAGCCAAUGUCCGCCAAUCAGCCCGCGAGGGGCGUGGUUUUCCACGGUCAGCGCGGAGGUGGGCGGGGUUGUGCAGAAAAAUACCUGGGUCAGGUGUGCUGAGCGCAGCAGCAGGAAUGGAACGGGGGAGGACCGGAGAGAGGCUGCACGCAGCGCUGGCUGGACUGCAGGAGCUGCGUUUCCUCCGGGACAAACAGAGUGCCAUGGUGCACUGGGCUCUGACCCUGAACCGAGAGGAGACCGAGACAUCAAAACACGAGAACGUGAGCACAGAGGAGCUGAGACUGGAGGCAACACUUACUCUACUCAAACAACAGCUGACACGUCUGCGCAAACAGGAUGUGGGAUUGAAGACUCAUCUCCAGCAGCUAGAUCAACAGAUCAAUGACCUGAAACUGGAUGUGUGUAAAGCAUCCACUGAACACCUCGAGAGUGACAGCAGACCCAGUUCAGGGUUCUAUGAGCUCAGUGAUGGUGGUUCAGGCUCGUUGUCCAAUUCAUGCACCUCCGUCUACAGCGAGAGUCUCUCCUCAUCUCAAACCAGUCUGCUUCCUCAUCUCCCCACCUCAUAUGCGCCACAUGGCCGUAGUGGUUCCGGACAGACCGGUGUGUCCCGUCGUUGUUCUGCUGAUGAGAGCACUGCCCAGUCCGAUGCACCACGAUCAGGAGUAAAGCUCGGUAGCAGCUGUAUACGAACAACAUCGGCUCGAGCUGAAAGAGCAAGACAAAGACCUGUUUCCACAGGGGACCUUGACCGAAUGAUUGCACCUGGUUUUGGCUCCUUCAAAUCCACUGAUGUGAAGAGCUCCACCCCUUGUGGUAGCCUCCAAAACCCCUCAGUAGACCCUAAAUACCAGAGUAACCUGGUAUCUAGCAAUGGGACAGAAGUGUACUGUUAUCCCAGUCCACUGCAUGCUGUGGCCUUACAAAGCCCUAUCUUCAGUUGCACCGCUGAUCAGGGAAAUCCAGUAGCACUUGAUGGAAUGUCUGGAGUGGGUCUUGAAGAGGAAACCCAAAACCCAAACGAAGGGUCCACAAAUUCCAGGACUGCUGGAUACAUCAACAAGUUACUACAGCGAAGCUCCAAUAAGAUAAACCUGUUAAGCAUAAAAAGAAAUGAUACUGUUAGCAGUACACAGGAGCAAAGACCCAGAUCCCAAGAAAUGUCCUACAGACAUCUGAAUGGUCCUCAACUGCUGGGAUCCCUUCAGCAAAUAUCAGUGCCCUUAGAAAAUGCACUGGAGACUGGAAAAACAUCUUCAUCACUAAACAGCAAUCAGCAGCUGAGGAAUGCACCUGGUCUGGAGCCCAAUUCCAAAGCAACUGAGGUCCAGACAUUGUGCCAUGGCACACACUCAACACUUUCCAUGGAUCUCAAAAAGAAUUACUUUCCAAUAAAGAAUGCCACAAGCAAGGCUGGUACUGAGUCUGAGAAUGGUUUCUCAGACAAAGGGAGUGGACAGUUUUUCAAGGACCCAUCUAUGGUUCCAAAGCCAGUAGAGAGGAGGUCAAGUUUUACCUUCAGAAGAGAAGACGAUAGAGCUUCUUUUGGGGAUAAAGGCAGCACAGCUCAAUCAGAAUUUGUCCAUGCACAGUUUGUUCCGGCAGGGUCUCAGAGGGUGAAAGUGCGUCAGGCAGACAAGAAAACGAAAUCUGUAAAACUGAAAAAGAAGAGCUCUGAGAAGCCUUCAGCAAAGAAACAGCAGCAUAAACACUUGUCUCGAGAGUUCUGCACCAAAACCCGAGCUGACUUAAAACAGUCCAGCUCAUGCAAAGGCAGAGUUACAAAUCUGGAAGAGUCCCAGAUGAACUCUUGCUCAGAUUGCAGUUGUAAUGGACUUUUCAACUCGCACUACAUCCAGAACAACCCUCACCUUCAACAAAGCCAAACCUCCAAGUCCACCAAGUCCCGUAAAGCCCCAGAACCUGUGCACCUUCCUCUAGACCAAGCCAAAAAGAAACAAAGUUCUCGGAAAUGGCCUUCCUCCUCUGAGAUCCCUUUGCCCCCAGCUCUCCAAACUCAAAGAUCCAAAGAGAUGUUAAACUCUCGAAAGGGGGCCAUGGUAAGGAGUGUUAGUGCCAGGCCUCGCUCAGGUCAGUGGGGUUGUCCUCCACGGGCCCUUCCCCACUCACUUUCCACUUCCUCUUACUUCAAUUACUUGGAAUCUAGAUAUCCAGCAGCUCCAAUCUCCAGUCGCUACCCUCCUCGCUGUGAGUCAGAGUUUUCGGAGUACUCUGCAGAGUGUGCAUCACUCUUUCACUCUACUAUCGCAGCAAGCAGUGAUGGAGAGAUGAGCGACUACACCACAAACCGUUUUGGAGACAGUGAGUCCAGUCAGGGCUCUCAGACGGCCUCAGACUCGGACAGCAGUCUCUCGCUGGAUGAGGAGGACCUGUUGGAGGAAGAAGAGGAAGAUGAAGGCAGUUUAGUGUGGGCUCAGGCUGCGAUGGGGACCACAGCAGCUGGCUUUUCUCUUCAGCAACACCAUCGCCCAGAGCCAGCAGCCUGUCGCAUAAAAGCUUCCAGAGCACUGAAGAAGAAGAUCCGCCGCUUUCAGCCAGCAUCACUCAAGGUUAUGACUUUGGUGUAGCUUCACUAAAGCUUAGAAUGGAUCCUGUUAAGUAAACCUUUAGCUUUACCUGAAAUUUGGGACUUGCAUGGAGCAGUCCAAGAAACUUAGUCAUGGUUUACUUACACUUGUGAGUCAAGCAAACUCGUAAGAGUAUUUGGAGACUUCUAAUCCAAAAAUGGCCAAACCUGAUCACUGAUCUCCACCCAACUUUACCUUGAACAGGACCGUGAUAAACAUUUCAUACAUUGACAUGGUGACUUUGGACUUCUCAACAACACCAACAACAACUGUUGAUUUGUAUAAAAACUUUAUACCAGGGCUGGUCAACAUCGGUCCUGGAGAGCCACAGUCCUGCAGAGUUUUGCUCCAACCUCGAUUAAAACUUGCCUGUAGAUUUCUAGUAACUCUUAAAACUUGAUUAGCUUGUUCAGGUGUGAUUGAUUUAAAGUUGGAGCUGAACUCUGCAGGACUGUGGAUCUCCAGGACCAACGUUGGCCAAUCCUGCUUAUACUGUAAAUAAGGUCUUUGAAUACCUAUGCAAAAUUACUUAAAAUCAAAACCACUGUGUAAAGAGCACAAUGAAAACUGCUUUGGGAACAAAACUGUACUUGAUGUAACUCAAUAAAAAUGUUGCUUUUUCACAU